AUAUUUUACAACUUGAUGGUUUUCAUUGUUUCCGUUUAGGCGUGUUUAUAUUGAAGAAAGUCUAUUCUUGUCCACAAUUUCCCUCGAUUUCAAGUUUCUAGUAAUUCAAGAGUGGUUACUAACUGUUCAGGGUUGAGGGUACCAGGGAACCAUGCCUCUGUUUGGCUCCUCAAAAAAGAGUCCAAGUGAACUGGUGAAGAACCUUCACGACUCUCUGCAAGUCGUGGAUAAAGAACCAACUGGAAGCAAGAAAUCUGAUAAGGCUUUAGAAGAUAUUGCUAAACAGUUUAGUGCAAUUAAAACAGUCCUGUUUGGAUCUGGAGAUCAACCUCCCCUGGCAGAAAAUGUGGCUCAAACUGCUCAAGAGAUGUAUAACACAGAUCUGUUUGGGCUUCUUGUUGAACACCUUCAGAAACUAGAUUUUGAGAGCAAGAAAGAUGUUGCCCAAAUAUUCAACAGCAUUCUACGGAGGCAAAUUGGGGCUCGCCUUCCCACAGUUGAAUAUUUGCUUGAUAACAAGGAAGUAUUGUUCAUGCUUGUGACGGGGUAUAUUAUGAACCCACAAUGCGACCAGCUCCCAGCUGGCUUGAUAACUCAGUUGUUUUUUGGUCAUUAUUCCAAGUUACUGAACUCUGAGAAUUAUGUUACGAGAAGACAGUCACUUAAGCUUCUUGGAGAGCUGCUGCUGGAUCGUCACAACUUCACCGUGAUGACAAAAUACAUCGGUAAUACGGACAACCUGAAGCUUAUGAUGAAUCUGCUGCGAGACAAGAGUAGGAACAUUCAGUUUGAGGCCUUUCACGUAUUCAAGGUAUUUGUUGCAAAUCCCAAUAAAACAUCACCUAUCCAUGAAAUCCUGGUGAAAAACAAAGAAAAGCUUGUGGAGUUUUUGACCAGCUUCCACAAUGAUAGAACAGAGGACGAACAAUUCAACGAUGAAAAAGUCUAUCUCAUCAAGCAAAUUAAAGAACUGUAACCAAAUGCACAUGGCCACUGUGAACUCAGAAUUGAGAGAACAUGUAGAUUUUAUUUUGUAGUCAAUGUCAAGCAGAUUUUUAACUCCAUUAAUCUUUACCAUGUCUUCAGUUAGGAGUUGCUUAUGUAGUUCUUAACGUCUGGACCGCGUAUUAACCGAGAAUGUUUAUACGGUAGAAGUUAAUGUCAGGGACAGAGCUGAUUUAGCACGGCAGCAGUGAAAAAACGUCUUUGAAUAAGACAGAGUACAGUAAGCAGUUUUUGUGUGCACCGUGUAAAAAUAUAACUAAUGACCAGUAUAUUAUGAGUAAGAAUGCAUGGUAUUCACAAAUGCCAUCAUCCCUGACCUUUGUCUUGUUUCCAAGUGAAGGUGGAGAAAUUACUUAGUCGAAAGUUGUAUCAUCGGCUUGGUAUGUUAAACACUGAAUCAGUUUUAAUUUUGAACUUUACAGUUGAAAAAUUGCUUUGCUACACCUGCUAGUGAAUGAAUUGUUUAUUAUUGCACAAAAAAAUCAAGCCUUUUGUCAGUGCACAGUUAGGGAAACUAAGACCAUUGUGUAUCUGUUCAGAGUCCCUUUUGAACACUUUUUCAAUGUGUGUGUGCUCCAGAAUGCUCAUCCGUUGAUAGAAUUAAUGAUAUUAUGCAAGCAAACAAAACAAUCUUAUAAUGUGUUUUCCUUGCAACUGUUUUCUGUUAUUAUGUUUAGGGAAGACACUCAAUCCUAGCAUUGUCUCAUUUUUGUAAGACCAUAGAGACUCAAUUUGUCACUGUAUCAUUUACAAAUGAUUCUUGUAGAUUUGGAAAAUCAAAGGCGUCCAUUUAUGAAUACAGUAAGACCUGCCAUAAUUCCAUCCAAGUAUAGGAUUGAUUAUACGAUAGCUAUUGGUCGUAAAAACAGCAGAGUAACAGCAAUUUUCAAAAAGGAAACACGAUUUUUCAUUCUACAAAACAGGUUUCGACAUUCCUAUUAAUUAUCAUGUAAACUUGUAGUGUUAGUCUUGGGAAUAUGUUUUUUUUGUAAUACUCAUUAUUGGAAAUGCUUGUUGGUGAAGAUAUAGCGGGUGUGAAAUGAUGUAACAGCGAUGUUGAGUACUGUAAAGUUAACCACAUGUCGAUAUUAUAGUUAUGGGUAAUUUAGUUUU